UGGGCCAUCAGCUUCUAUAUGCACACACAUAUUUCAAUGCUAGGGUUUGUAAACUAGGGUUUUGCAGCGACGAUACUAAAUUCUAUAUAUAAUAAGCCCCCUUCCUUCAAAGUGCUCGUCUGUGUUCCCCAUCAGGGUAAGUGAUUCUUACGCCAAGAGCUUUGGUUGAAGAAAAUUUCAGAAAGCUCAAUUUUUCAAAGAUGAGCCUACCAACGGAAGAGAAUGUUGGCAAGAAUGAAGAAGAAGAAUUUAACACUGGCCCAAUAUCAGUUCUGAUGAUGAGCGUUAAAAAUAACACACAGGUGCUCAUUAAUUGUCGUAACAACAGGAAGCUUCUUGGCCGUGUGAGAGCUUUUGAUCGACAUUGCAAUAUGGUUCUCGAAAAUGUUAGGGAGAUGUGGACUGAGGUUCCAAAGACUGGGAAAGGCAAGAAAAAAGGCCAUCCGGUGAACAAGGACAGGUUCAUUAGUAAGAUGUUCCUCCGCGGAGACUCUGUUAUCAUAGUUCUUAGGAACCCCAAGUGAAAAGCUAAAUUAAAAUUUUGACGUUCCUUGUGUAGGCAACUUGGGCAUCGUGAUUUCACCAUGUUAUCCGGCUCUACCAAGAACCAUUAUGGUUUUCUAUAGUAUUAUUGCGUAUUGACCUAUUAUUGUAAAAAGAUAGGUAAGCUUGUCGUAGCACUUAAUUUCUCAGAAGUUUCUCUUGCAAACGUUAUGAGGUAUGACAUUUCUGACAUCAACUUAAUCUGAUUUAUAGAUCUGAAAUUUUUCUGUC